CGGCCAUCCAUGAACGACAUUUAUCACACAGAACUUCUUCAACGACAUACUAUGGUCUUUUGAGAAAGAACAUGUCGUCCUCGGAUCCCUCUGCGACACAACCAUGGCGCUCACGAGCCCAGGGACUUCUUGAGCCGGCGGAGCGGCCGCUCGGCUACCUAACUCGAGCUCUCAAAGCUGCCGCAUAUCCUAUUUGGGGUAUCUACUACUUCAUCCGACAUCCUGAAUUCUAUCCGCUGUUUGCCGGUCGAUUGAUCCCUCUAUCGAUAAUGUCCUUCCUCGUAUACUUUAUACUUUUUACUUUUGCCUUUCUGCCGCAGUUUGCUUUCCUCGCCAUCUUCCAUGGAUGGGCGGCGUGGUUCAAUGCUGUAGUCCUUGUGCUAGGCGAGGGACUUGUUAUAAUACAGGCUCUUUUUGAAGGGUUCUUUGUUGAUGAGUGCAGAGUCGAUGUUUUUGAUGCGACCCUCAUCAACCACGGACUGAUAGACCUCAUUGCGCCACACCGACUUCUCUUCCCUGAUGCUCCAAACUCAGUGAAGAUGCUAGGAAAGCCGACAACGGCAGCGGCUUACUCCCCUUGGAGCUUGACGCAAAUUAUCGAGCUCAUUGUCUUCCUACCUCUCAACCUCGUCCCCGUCGUCGGCGUCCCAGCCUUCAUUGUGAUCACAGGCACGCGUCUGGGAAAGUUGUGUCAUUACAGGUGGUACAAACUACGAGGCCUGAGUAGGCGGCAGUACAAGGAAGAGAAUGCUACCAGAACAUGGGAGUACGUCUGGUUCGGAACGGUAGCCAUGAUCCUGGAACUGGUCCCAGUGCUGUCGCUAUUCUUCUUGCUGACAUCUACUGCCGGCUCGGCUUUGUGGGUCGUACGGCUCGAGUCUGAGAAAAGGAGGGCCUUGAAUCCUGAGGAACCUGUUGCGACGGCUGAGGCUGUCACUUAUGAAGAUGAUCCAGUCUAGGGAUGGAUAUGUUGAGCCAAUGGUUGAUUUAUGGUUGGUAUCAGAAGAACAUGUUCUAAGUUUAGGUCCUAGUCCUAAUAGCUUGCCUCGUCUUGUUCAGUUGCUCUACAGUAAGCGAUCACACAGAAUGAAUGUCUCGACGAGUCCAUACGCUUGCUUGUUCCUACUCUACCAAUCACAUAAGAUAGCUGACGGUCG